CUUCCCCAACACAUUCCUACACCCACCUCACCUUUUGACAUUGCCCCUAAUUGGAAAGCCUUUUGGUCACUUCAAAUCGCACAUCGCUCCCGCAACAUCUGGUUCCGCUUCCUACACAAAAACAUCAACACUCGCUUCUACCUACACCAAAAAGUAUCGAAGCUCAUCACUAGCCCUCAAUGCAUUCACUGUCCUUACUUCCGUCGCAACACCAUUGACACACUUGACCAUUUCAGCUUUCUUUGUCCAGUCAAAUACAAAAUCUGGUGUCACAUCCUCUCCACAUAUAUCGUUCCUUCUCUUACCGCUCCUUCAAUUUACCUCUUACGACAACUCCUCAAUCUCCCCCUAUCCACACAACAAAUCUGCGCUAGCACAUUGGAAGGUCUAUGGUCCAGCCAUUGGCGUUUGGUUUUUGAUUUCACACCCUUCACCUUUUCUGCUGUACUCUCCAUAAUCAAACGCCUGCUGACUAAGAACUAA